AUGAGCUUGGAGGGUGGCCACGGCGGCAGUCUGUGUCGCGGGGCGGAUAGCGGGGACGCCGAGCCGCCCCCGCCGCCGCCCGGUAAGCCGGCCCCGGCCCCCGCGGCCCCGCGCUACCUGGCGCGGCUGCCCUCGCCCCCAGCGCCCCCCGAGUGCGCCGCCGGGCCAGAGGAACCGCCGGGGGAGGUGGCCCCGCGGCGCAGGGGCACGGACGAGCUGCCGCCGCCACCCUUACCACCCGCCGGCAGGGAGGUGUCAGCAGCUGGAGACUCGGGGGAAGGUCCAAGGCAGCUCCCGGAGGCGGCGGCCGGGAAGGGCGGCCCGGGGGAGCCCGAGGCUGGCGCGGGCGGGGAGGGCGAGCGGCCAGGCUCAGCAGACCAGCCCGAGACGCGCUCAGUGUGCAGCAGCCGCAGCAGCAGCAGCGGCGGCGGCGGCGACCAGCGCGCCGGGCACCAGCACCAGCACCACCAGCCCAUCUGCAAGAUCUGCUUCCAGGGCGCGGAGCAGGGUGAGCUGUUAAAUCCCUGCCGAUGUGAUGGGUCAGUUCGCUACACACAUCAGCUGUGUCUGCUAAAGUGGAUCAGUGAGAGAGGGUCCUGGACUUGUGAGCUCUGCUGUUACAGAUACCAUGUCAUAGCCAUUAAAAUGAAGCAGCCCUGCCAGUGGCAAAGCAUUUCUAUAACACUGGUUGAGAAAGUUCAGAUGAUUGCUGUAAUCCUAGGAUCCCUGUUCUUAAUAGCAAGUGUGACUUGGCUCCUCUGGUCAGCCUUCAGCCCCUAUGCAGUGUGGCAGAGGAAGGACCUCCUUUUUCAAAUCUGCUAUGGAAUGUAUGGUUUUAUGGAUCUAGUGUGCAUAGGUCUCAUUGUCCAUGAAGGAGCUGCAGUUUACAGAGUGUUUAAGCGCUGGCGGGCUGUUAACUUGCACUGGGAUGUAUUAAAUUAUGACAAAGCCACAGACAUCGAAGAAAGUAGCCGGGGAGAGUCUUCUACAAGUAGGACUUUAUGGUUGCCAUUGUCAGCUCUGCGCAACAGAAACUUGGUCCACCCAACGCAGUUAACCUCACCCAGGUUUCAGUGUGGCUAUGUAUUACUGCAUCUGUUCAAUCGGAUGAGGCCUCAUGAAGAUUUGUCAGAAGAUAACAGCUCGGGAGAGGUUGUGAUGAGAGUGACUUCAGUGUGA